AUGGCCGAGCUUGAGGAAAUUGUGAGUAUCUUUGGGUGUGUGAUAGACUCUGUACCUGAGGAGAAACUGGCUGGGAAACGGGCUGGGAAACUGGUCGCUGAGGUACCGGCUGAGAAGGGCGCGGAGCAAGUUGUGUUUGAGAAUGGGGUGUUAGGGUCACUGGGUAGAGUGAAUGUGGAGAGGCGUAGGAGUCAGGAUGUCGGUUUGGCAUCGCAUACGGCAAGCCUGGAGCAGCGGAAACCACCCCAUACUGGAAGUUCGCAUGCGGCGGAGCAGGAUAAUGGGGUGGAACUUGCUGAGGGACGGCCGGGGUGGUGA